CUACGGAGAGAGGGUGUUCUUUAAAAAAUAAUAAAAAUAAAAAGUGGGUCCCACGCCACGUGUCGGGAUGUUGUCAACACGUGUCACCUGGAGGGCUCUCCUCCUCUGCGCUUCGUGACACCUGCGUUACACGGUCGAGAUCCGAAGCGAUCGAGAAGGGUCGUGGUGCACCCUUUUUAGAUGGUGACGAGUUAGCGGGAGAUUAGUACGUCGUUAAUUGUUGCAGAGAGAGAGGGAGAGAUAAGAGUAAGGAGCUCGAUCAUUAGGAGGAAGAAGAAGAGUUGUUGUAGUAAUGGCAAUGGCACAGACGAUGAAGGCGCACGGGCAGGCGGACCGGCAGUACUACAAACUGCUGAGCGGCCACACCAUCCCUUCCAUCGGGCUCGGCACUUGGCGGGCCGGCGAGCAAACCUGUCAGGCCGUCUGCACCGCUCUCACUGAGGCGGGGUAUAGGCAUGUGGACACAGCAGCUGAGUAUGGAGUGCAGGAAGAGGUGGGGAAAGGUCUCAAAGCCGCAAUGGAAAAAGGAAUAGAUAGAAAAGAUCUGUUCAUCACUUCCAAAAUAUGGUGCGCAGAUUUGGCUCCAGAUAGAGUAAGAAAUGCGCUGAAGAAGACGCUUGGGGAGCUACAACUAGAUUACCUUGAUCUUUACCUGAUACACUGGCCCUUUCGCUUGAAGGAUGGCGCCAAUAGUCCUCCUGAGCCCGGGGAUGUACUAGAAUUUGAUAUGGAAGGGGUGUGGAGAGAAAUGGAGAAAUUAGUGAAAGAUGGACUUGUUAGGGACAUUGGUGUGUGCAAUUUCACGGUUAAAAAGCUCAAUAGGUUACUCCAAUCUGCGCAGAUUUUGCCCUCAGUGUGUCAGAUGGAGAUGCACCCAGGCUGGAGGAAUGAUAAGAUGGUCGAGGCAUGCAAGAAGAAUGGUAUCCAUUGUACUGCUUACUCACCUUUAGGAUCUAGUGAGAGGAACCUCAUAGAUGAUCCAGUUGUUACCAGGGUCGCGAAUAAGCUGAAUAAGACCCCAGGACAGGUACUGGUAAAAUGGGCUCUUCAGAGGGGCACAAGUGUCAUUCCAAAGUCGAAGAACCCCGAAAGGAUUAAGGAAAACUUUCAAGUAUUCGGAUGGGAGAUCCCCGAAGAGGAUUUCCGGGCUCUGAGCAGCAUGAAAGACCAGAAAAGGGUACUGGAUGGAGGAUUUCUCUUUGUGAACAAGACGCACGGCCCUUACAGGAGUGCGGCGGAGAUAUGGGAUAACGAAGAUUAAGACUCUUUAGUUGGGUCUUUGAUGCUUUUCUUCAGUAUGAGACUUUUAAACAAAUAAAGUUUCUGAUGAGGGUGCGGCGGCAAAUAUUUGCUUCCAUGUUGGAACUUGCCUGCAGUAAAUGUUUCGCUUUCGUGUUAUAUUUUGCCCCAAAGUUAUCUUCUUUUCCGUGAAAACUGUGAUGUGUAUGAUGCUAGUUAUAAUAUAAGAUGAGUUGAGCUGA